AUGAUCAAGAUUGAGGAGAGGGGGGUUGGUUGGCGUCUAUCCAACCGAUUCUGCUUAAGUCAGGACAGAGUCUUCAGGAGCGGCGAAGGCAUGGGCAUCCGUCUGGACAGCGCGUCGGCCUUCCAGGGAGCGGUCAUCUCUCCUCACUACGACUCGCUCCUCGUCAAAGUCAUCGCCAGCGGGAAAGACCUGAACACUGCCGCCUCAAAGAUGAGCAGAGCCCUGGCUGAGUUCCGAGUCCGGGGGGUCAAGGACGUGAUUGGGACCAGUGUGUCAGAGGGCUGGAGGGAGAGAGAGGGCGCCAUCAGGACACCUGCUGCCUUUGAGCAGGCCGCCAGCCAAUCAGGGCGGAGCUGA